AUGUCCUCUACUAGUACCCGCCGCCUCGUAUUCCCUUGCCCCUCCUGCGACAAGGUCUACGCACACUCUUCAGGCCUCACCAGACACGUGCAAGCAAUUCACGACCCAUACGCGAGCCGCUUCAGAUGCCAGUUCCCCGAUUGCGCCUACACCACGACGCGCAAAACGUCGAUGGAGAGGCACAUGGGGGUUCACGAUCCUAACCGCGGACCUCUCCUCCCUUGUAAAUACCCUGGCUGCUCCUUCACCGGGACUAACCUCGUCAGACACUUAAGGUGGCACCGAGAUCUCGAAGGAGGUACACGGGAUCUCAUGACGCUGGCCAUCGAGGGCCUCACUCGGCCAGCCGCAACAGUUGACUCGCUGCAGGGCGAUGGUAGCAAGAAUUCACACAUUGAUGAUUUUACUACUGUCGACAGCAACUCUCUGGAGCCUGGCUCGACGCGCAUGACUGGUGGCAUAAAACACCAGACUCACCACUGGGAUGGGAAGGGCCUGGUCCUACUAGCUGCAGACGACUCUGGGAACCAGGGUCCAGUAGAGCCUGCGAGCACCCUCGGUGAAAGUGAUGCAUCGAUAUCUCGGAUGGACGAACCGACUCUCAACUCACAACACCUCAGCUCUGCCCUCCCCCACGAUAUCCAUGCAGCCAUUCCUGAUCCAGACCUCGAGACUUGCCCUGAGGAGUGGAGGUGGUUGUUCGAGAUGCUGAACGGCGAUGGCCAAGAUACCCAGCAGAGUCUCGGAUCCUACGACCUAACGUCGCCAUGCUUCUGA